AACGUGCUUUGUUUACGUUUUAACUGUCAGCUGUCAUUGGUAUAAUGAUAAUGCAAAUAAUUAUUCGUUCGUGGAAGUGACAAGCAAAAAUAUUAACAAAUAUCGAAAAAAGCCGAAAAAAUGGUUUUGGAGAGUACUAUGAUCUGUUUUGAUAACAGUGAUUACCAACGUAAUGGUGAUUACUUUCCCACACGCCUUAAUGUCCAAAAAGAUGGCAUAAACCUUGUCUGCCUCACAAAAGUACGUUCCAAUCCUGAAAACAAUGUUGGCCUUAUGACCAUCUCCAAUACCGUGGAAGUAUUAGCCACACUAACCAGUGAUGUUGGACGUAUUUUCUCCAAAAUGCAUUUGGUUCAGCCAAAGGGUGAAAUUAAUUUAUUGACCGGCAUACGUAUUGCUCAUCUGGUAUUAAAACAUCGCCAGGGAAAGAAUCACAAAAUGCGCAUUGUUGUUUUUGUUGGAUCACCCAUUAAAAGUGAAGAGGGCGACUUGGUAAAGUUGGCCAAGCGUUUGAAAAAAGAAAAGGUCAAUGUAGAUAUUGUCAGUUUUGGUGAUCAUGAAAGCAACAAUGAAAUUUUGCAAGCAUUUAUAAAUACCCUAAAUGGUAAAGAUGGCACCAGUUCCCAUUUGGUCUGUGUUCCACGUGGUUCAGGCUUGUCGGAUGCCUUGCUUUCGUCGCCCAUUAUCCAGGGUGAAGAUGGCAUGGGUGGUGCUGGUUUAGGUGGAGCUGGUUUUGAAUUUGGCGUAGACCCCAAUGAAGAUCCCGAAUUGGCAUUGGCUUUGCGUGUCUCAAUGGAAGAACAACGACAGCGUCAAGAGGAGGAGCAACGUCGGGCAGCUGGUGCCAGUACUGAAGAAUCGGCUGGUGAGAAGUCGACAUCUGGCACUGCAACGGCUGCUACUACAGCUGCUCUUGAUGAGCCCAAUUCAGAAGAAGCUAUGUUGCAGCGUGCGUUGGCUAUGUCCACUGAACAGAGUGAUGAUAAUUUACCAGAUUUUGCCAAUAUGACCGAGGAAGAACAGAUUGCUUUUGCAAUGCAAAUGUCUAUGCAGGAUGCAGCUGAUGACACCGUUACCCAACAGGCCAAACGCCCCAAAACCGAAGAAAACGCACCCAUGGAAGUUGAUGAAGAUUAUUCAGAAGUUAUUGGUGAUCCAGCUUUCCUACAAAGUGUUUUAGAGAAUCUACCCGGUGUAGAUCCCCAAUCGGAAGCUGUACGUGAUGCUGUCGGCUCUUUAAGCAAGGACAAAGAUAAGGAUAAGAAGAACGAUGGCAACUCAGACAAACAGUAAAUUAAGUAAUGCCAAGGGAAAUUAGCACCUUUGCAUAUAAUGAAUCAUUUAUUAUUAAUCAAUUGAAAAUUCAUUUACUAAAUAUUUUAUAUGAAAAAAAGCCAAGUUGUGGUCAUGAAAUUCACGAGAGUUAUUUUGCAAAAGAAUUUGCCACGGAAUACUAAAUAAAAAUAUGCUUUAAAAUAA